CUAUUCAUAUAUCUGUGAUGACGCUAUAGUGACUUGGUGACCACCAUUCGGGUUUUUUUUUUUAUCUUAAUAUUGGACUUUUCUACUCGCGUUCCUGGACCGUUUUUGACUGGCACCGGCGAUCGUCGUGCGGAAGGACUAUCAAGAUGAUCGGCAGCUUUUUCUUUAUUUGCAAUCGCCUUAUAGAGAUUGUUUUUCUGAUACCGAUCAUUGGAAUGCUGGCUUAUUUUGUCGACGGGUUUCUCAAGGCCAAUAUUAUCACCCCGACUUACGUUCUCGUCCUUUUUAUCGUCAGCACUAUCGCGGUCUUCUGGUGUUUUGACACGUUAAUCCGUCAUGCGACCACCAAGCGCUCUGCUGCCUUCGUCGCCUUCGUCGACCUCCUCUUCUUCGGCGCUUUCAUUGCAGGAGUCUACCAACUGCGCUUCAUCGCUAAUGCCAACUGCUCUCAUUGGGAUGGGGGCUCUGUAUGGGUUUCCCUUGGCCCCUUUGGAGCCUAUGGUUACCGUACAGGCAAUCCAUUGUCCCUACAGGUCAACAAACAUUGUGCGAUGCUGAAGACAUGCUUUGCGCUAGGCAUCAUGGAGGUUGUGUUUUUCUUCUGGACCGCCUUCUGGGCGCUCUUUCUCCACAGCCGAUCCGAUGUGGUUGUUAAAGAGACCACCACGAUCCGGAGGAGGAGCCACAGCAGUCGGCGUGGACAUGGACACCGUCGGAGUUCCAGCCAUCGCCGGCCCCAAUACGUGGUCUAACCCUAUUUCCUCAACUGCUUUAAUCUCUUUGCCUUAAUGUUCUUGAAAUGUUUAUGAUUUACGGAAAUGAAUGGGAUGAUACAUAGAUAAUGGGAAGCAAAAAAGUGCAGAAAGGACAAAAAAGAAAGAAAAAAAAAAGGCGAUGCCCCCCACCGACGGUUGCUAAUGAGACUACAGGAUGCGACAUUGAUGUGAUGAUUAUGAUAGUACUAUUGUGAAAAAAGAAAGAAAAGAUAAAAAAAAGCCUGCACUUUCUGUUCAUUGAAAGUUGGACUCCACAGUUGCAUUCGCCUUGUGAAUCUGUUGCUUUAUUUUGGUCCUGUGAUACUGUGGAUAGGAUGUUUUCGGGCAGGGAUUCCCACAGGAUGAACCAUAUCCAACAUUCUUUUACGCAGAAUCUGCUUUGCUUGUGAUAUUACGACUCAUGUUUUUUUCCUAUUCAAAUUCUUAUAGGAGAAUAUGAAGGACUGAGCUGGGAUCCUGUUUUUCUCCCUGGGCAAUUAGCAAAUGAUACUGCAACGUUCUAGAUCCACUGGUCCGAUCACACAUGUGAUGUACUGGGAAUAGGCGAUUAGUUCAUAGA